AUGAAAAUUAAUAAGAGAGCCACUAUGGAAAGUGAAUACGAUUAAAAAGACAUUGUUGUAAUUGAUAAUGGUACUGAUACUAUCAAAGUUGGAAUCUCUGGAGAAGAUUAUCCUAGAGUAAUAAUGAAUCUAUUAUAUUAAUAGCUUAUCUAUGAUAAUAAAUGUGGAUCACACUCAGUUUAAAAUGACAAUGACAAUCCAAACAAUAAACCAUAGCUUCUUUUUGGUUAAGAUUUAAAGAAAGUCGUUAAAGAAAAAAAGUUAAAUGUACAGUUAUCAAAUCCAAUCAAAGAUGGAGUAUAAAUUAUAAUUAUUAUAUUUAAUUAGAAAAUUGAUAAUGUUGAAUCAAUGAAAGAAUUUUGGUAAUAUAUUCUAGAAGAUGGAUUAUAAAUAUCUGAAUUGUAAUAAGUCAAUUUAUUAAUCAUCGAUUAAGUAAAGAAUAGUAAAGAGUACAAAUCAAAGCUUGCUGAAGUUUUUUUUGAUUAUCUCAAAGUCUAAUCUGUUUUAUUCAUGAAUUCAGCAAGUUUAUCAUUAUUUUCAACUGGAUUAGUCAGGUAAUUAAAUUAAUUACUUUUUUUUAAGUGGUUUAUCAAUUGAAUUAGGACAUGCUGUUAAUACUGUUGUUCCUAUUUAUUAAGGAUUUCCAAUUAUGCAUGCUUUAGAAUUUUCUCAUAUAUCUGGUGCUGAAAUCACAUAAUGUUUGGAAAAUGAUUUAAAAGCCUAUGAAUUAUUAUUGGAUAAAUUUUCUGAAGAAGAGAAAUUAUGGAUUAUUAAAGAUAUUAAAGAAAAGAUGUGUUAUAUUGCUAGUGAUUAUGAAAUGCAAGUAAUUAAUAUAUCCUUAAUAAAUUAAGAUAAAUUCAGAAGAUAAUUUUACAGAAGAAGAGCGUAGUUAUGAAUUACCAGAUGAAUAAGUCAUUCAUAUAACUCCAUAAAUUAGAUAUCAUUGUUCAGAAGCUUUAUUCAAUUCUGCUAUUGUAAAUAAAAAUAGUUUUUCAUUGCCUUAAAUGAUUGUUAAUUCAAUCUUAAGAUGCGAUAAAGAAUUAAGAUAAGAAUUAGUUUCUAAUAUGGUACUUGGAGGAGGUACUUCUAUGUUUUAAGGUCUGAUAUCUAGAUUGCAAGAUGAUAUUUGUUAAAUUUAUCCAGGAGGUGCUAUGAGAUCAGAAUUCAACUUUGUUGCUGAUUUUCAAAGAAAAUAUAGUGCUUGGAUUGGUGGUUCUAUGCUUGGAUCACUCAAGACAUUUUAAUCUUUAGCAAUCAAUAAAUAAGAGUAUGAAGAAAAUCCUGAAGGAAAAAUGUCACUUAUUCAUAAGAGAACAUUUUGA